AUGGGACCAGUCAAUCCAAAUGAAAAUGAUGGUAUCCCGUUAAGAGCAGGUGAAAAUGGUGGUUUAGGACCAGAAAGUUCAAAUUUACGUGGUAAUGUAACUGGCGGUGAAGACGCCAUUAACACGAUAAGGGUAUCGUAUGAGAAAUCAGGGAAACCUGUGUUUAACCGAGAUGUUUUGAUCUCGGAUGCAAUGGCUAAAAACUCGAGACAACUGUUGUAUGCGCAUAUUUACAACUAUUUGCUGCACCAUAAAUAUUAUGAAGCAGCAAGAAGAUUACUGGACGAAGCAGACGUUCCGCUGUCCAAGACCGUACCACAAGCAGUUUACGGACAAGAUGAGCUUUUGUAUGCCAAGAUGUUAAUGAAUUCUCCAAGCACAUUUCUGUUCGAAUGGUGGGAAUCGCUUUGGACUUUACAUGAAUUCAUCGAAGCUCAACCAAUAGAACAAGUAUCAGGACCUCGAGCCUUGAACGAGCUCAUUACGCCGAUUUUUCCUCAACGGCCUGCCGGGGCCGCUAACGCUGCAUCGAUGCCGCAAAGGCCGCCCCAGCAGCAGCAGCCACAACAACCCCAGCAACACCCACAACAGCAGCAACAGCAUCAGCAUCAGGCACAACAGCCCCCGCAACAACCGAUGAUGCAAAGUGGGGCGUCUCGACCUAUGGACAUGAUGGGAUCUACAGCCGCACCAACAAGCAUGGGACCUCCUAGAGGUAAUCCUGAAGCCAGAGUGCUUAGAGGUAACGUGAUCGGUAGCUCCCCCGUGACCAGACAAGGUACUUAUGCACCUACGGCUCAGGUUCCGCCUGGUGCUGCUCAGAGCCCCUUCGACAUGAUGAAUUCCGCAGACUCUUCCGCGACGCUAACAAGCACACUAUACACAAGCGCAUCACCUGCAUCUGUACCACAGGCCACUCCGACAACGAAUCCUGCUACGGCGAAACAAUCAAUUUUGAAAGAUGCACAUCAAGUGCCGUCUGCCACGCACUCCGUAGCAAACAGUUCUAUGAUGCCUGAAAACAUGUCCAUGUACUACAAACAGCAACGACAACGAGAUUUGAUGGGACGAGUACCGCCCACCGAUCCUGCGCGUGGUCAAGCACCCGCUAAUAACUGGAAUAUGGCGCAACAGCAACAAGUCUAUGAACAGUACCAAAAGUCUAUGUACACAAUGCAACACCGUCAGCACCAACAGCAGCAGCACCAACAGCAGCGACAACAACAACAUCAUCAUCUUCUUCAGCAGCAGCAGCAACCGAAAAGGCGAAGCGUUCCUCGACACUCGCAAACAGCUUCCAAGUCACAGCAGGCUUCGCAAAGAAACCAGUAUUUGGAGCAAGGAUCUAGGCUCGAGCCUCAAGUUCCUCCUCAACAAAAACAGCAUGUACAGGCACAACAGGUUCCGAGUUCGCAAGGCAUGUCUACAAUGGGACCCCGUGCGGGCUCUGGUUAUCAGCAACAAACCCCUCAUUUCGCGCAACCCUUGGGCGAAAUGGCGUCUGAUCUGGAUUUUGGUGGGAUAGCACCCGCGACCGCAUUUUCUGAUCAAACUCUGCAACAGCAGUAUAUGAAUAUGAUGAUGAUGCAGGGUGGCCAGAAUCAAAGUGGACUUCCGUUGGCAAAUGACGGGAGAACUGUAAACGGGGGAGAAAAAUUGGCCGAUGGGCUUGGGAAUGAAAUCUAUGGCUUCGGAAUGCCAACCCAAUCUGCUUCUUCUCCUAGAGGUGGUUAA